AUGACAUGUGUCAGGCUGUUGUUUGACGAGUUUGAGGAACAGAUUUCUCAGUUUUGGCACAAACUCCCAGUGGUUGCCCUGGUGCACAUACGGAAGGUGCGUUGUUGUUGGUUAGUCUGUGUUGAGGUUCCUUCAGACACUGAAGCUUUACAUGGGACCAACAUGAAACUCACUUGCAUUUCCUGCAUGAAGAGAGAAGAAGUCAAUACAGACACUAUGGUUGAAUGGACCUACGUCACCAAUGAUGGGAAGGAGAUAGCAAUUUAUGAGUACAACGGAGAGCCACGAGAGCUAAAAGGACCUUAUCAGGGCAGGAUUCUGUGGAAUGGAAGUAAAGACCUACAAGAUGUAUCCAUAACCAUAGUGAAUGUUACACUAAACGACAGCGGUCUGUACCGGUGCACGAUCAAACGGUAUUUUAAUUAUGAGAUACACAGACCCUCUGUGACAGAUGUGAAAGAAGUGCAGCUAACAGUACAUGAAGACGCCCUUGAAGAUUUUACAGCAUACAUUUCAGAAAUCAUGAUGUAUCUUCUCCUUGUUUUCCUCACUUUAUGGCUUGUUAUAGAAAUGAUAUACUGCUAUAGGAAGAUCCUGAAAUCAGAAGAAGCUGCACAAGAAAAUGCAACAGACUACCUGGCGAUACCUUCCGGAAACAAAGAGAAUCACUCCACAGUUCCUGUGGAGGAGUAGGAAUGUAUUGAAUUUUGACAGUGGAUAACUUGGUUCUGCAAUCCCUAGGAUGAUCAGCCACUUGCAUUAUGACGGACUGAAUUUUUGGAAAAGGAGA